AUGCCGCCAGCUGGUUCAUUUGAAAGCAAACAUCUCAACGGCUUCCCUGAAGAGACUGCUUAUCCUAGCAGGACGAUCGCAUAUCAGGCCGCUGGCAUGAUCACGUCGAUCAUUGAGAAUCUCCAACUUCACGACCAGCUGCGCUUCACACCUGCAUUUAUCGUCUACUCGCUCUUCUCCGCGCUCAUCAUGCACGUCUACCAAAUGCGGAGCUCGAAUCAGACUAUCGUGUCAGCCACACAAGCUCGACUUACAAGCUGCAUGAAUGCAUUACGCGACGUAAGCAAGGUUUGGCUGGUGGCGAAAAUGGUUCACACUCUGUUCGAGUCCAUUCUCGGCAACAAAGUUCUGGAAGAGCGACUACAGAAAGCGGCUGGUAGACGACAUCAAAAGGCCAAGCCAAAUGGAGUGUCCGGCGCACGGACCGCGAAAAGUACUCCACCUGGCGAGCGUGCUCAUCCAGUGCAACCGCAAGGAAAUAAUGACAACCAAAAGCGCAAAUUUGAUGACAUGGAGUUUGGCUAUACGAGUGGACCUCCAGCCGCACAAAUGAGCUACGAGCGCAGCAGACCGCAGAGUCCUGUACUCUCACCCUCUCACGACAUCCCAGAGCAACAGCAGCAAGCACAUCACCAUCAGCAACUACCCACAAUUUCGGCGACGAGUCCUCCAGUCCGUCACAGCACGGACGCCUUUAUGGGCACAUCACGAGCCAACACCCGCCCGACAACGCCCUUCAACGGCUUCUCCUACCCGGGCACACCGCCCGACCUCUUCCUCCACACCCGUAACAGCCCGAAGAUCAGCGAAGACCUCUGGCAAAACUAUGACCCUGGCCAACUCUUCCCACCCGAAGCGAACGGCAUGGGCAUGGGUCUCCUCAGUCCGAACGAAGGUAUGGUCGACCCAGCCUUACGACAAGCCGCGCAACAGGUACCCAAUAUGUCUAUGCACCCUGAUCAACAACCCGGCGCCGGCCAGCAUCUGCAACCCGCAUACCAUCAAGAUCCACAGGCUUGGUCGCAGUUACAAGCUGGACUUCAUGCACAGCAGCAGCAUCAGCAGGCGGAGGAUCAGUGGAGUACGUCGUCGAGUACGGGACCGAUCGUUCCUACCACGUUGAAUGUGGGCGAUUGGUUCGAGUUCUUUGGGAUUCCGAAUGGAGAUCAGAUACCUGGCGGUAUGGCGGGGUUGGUUGGGGGGCCGUUGGCGGGGUUGCAGCAGGGGGGGCAGGGCGGGGGGUAUGGAUAG